AUGGGUUUGAACAAAUCUCGAUGGUUGAUCUUGCAAUGUUGGGUAUUUUUUGUGGUAUUGUGUCUCAAACCUCACUGUGAUGGUUCAGAAGUCAUUGUGAAGUUCUUGAAGACCCCUCAUGUAUUCUCAAAUCUGAAUUCCGCUACAUUUGAUUUUCAAGUUUUGGUGGAUGGUAAAGAAAACAUUUGCACAAAUUGUACCACCAAUUGCAAGCUGGAUGAUUACGCAGCUUCAAAUUGUGCAGCUGGAGAAGUUUCUUACAUAGGUUUGCAGGAUGGAAAUCAUACAUUUGAGGUGUGCACCACGGGAUCUGGAGGAGUUGGCUGCGCUUCCUAUAACUGGACUGUUGACACAGUUCCCCCGACGGCAUAUGUUACAGCUGCUACAUCUUUUACAAAUGCUUCAAAUAUUCCUGUCAAUAUUUUGUUCACUGAGCCCUGUCAUGGUGGAGGUGGUUUUAGAUGUACAUCUGUGAAUGACUGCAACCUUCUCGUUUAUGGUGCCGGCCAGGUUGAGCCAAAUACCCUCAAUGUUACUCAGCCAAACCUCAAAUUUUCCAUAAUUGUGAGCUUGUCUUCAAGCACUCAGUAUGGUCGGGUGCUAUUGGUAAUGGAUAAAAAUUUCUGUACAGACUCUGCAGGAAACAAAUUUACUAGGACAGUGAAUUCGAGUUUCUUGGUACACUUCGAUAGAAGAAGUGUGUUUGUUAACCUACGGACUCAUAUACCUGAAAUGCUGCUUCAACUUAACAGUGAAACUAGAACAGUUCUAGCAACUAAUGAGCAUAAGAAACUAAAGGUAUACUUGUACUUCACCAAACCUGUCCUCAACUCGUCUGCUGAAAUUUUGAACGCUCUCAAUACAAGUCAGGGCUCGCUUCUUCCAACCACUGGCAAUAACCUUGGGAAUCGCAGAUUUGGUUUUAAGGUUGACAAUAUAUCAAGCAUGGCCAUAGUCACAGUGAGCCUUGAUUCAAAGUUAGUAAUAAGCCAACAAGGGACCCCAGUUUCUCCUAUAACACCAGUUACUUUCCUUUAUGAUCCUCGAAGGCCUGCAGUGAGUUUAAGUACGACCUCUAAGAUGAGGACAAGAGAAACCAGCAUCUCAGUGUUGAUAAAAUUUGUGAAGCCUGUGUUUGGUUUCAACUCUUCUCAUAUAACCAUAUCUGGAGGACAAUUGCAGAGCUUUCAUGAGAUGAGUAGGAGCAUAUAUGCUGUAGAUAUACAAGCAGAUGAUGAUAUCAUAUUUGUCAGUGUUCCUGAAAACAUAACUGCGGAUGUUGCUGGAAACAGAAAUCUAGCGUCAAAUAUUAUGCAAGUUAGGCACUAUACCGUGCCUGUGAUCUCUUUGGUGCUUUCAAUCUUUGCAACUACUGCUUUUGCAGUGACAUCUUUAGCAGCAGGUCUCCUCACCAUUUCAACCGCAAGCCUUCAGUCUAUUGGGGUGAUUUCAACACCGUCUUCUUCUUUAACAUCUGAUUCUGCAAGAAAUCUUUUUAGAAUUGCAUGCCACAUUCAGGUUUAUGCAUUGUCUAGAUGGUUGGCAGUUGCCUUGCCAGUUGAAUAUUACGAAUUUGCAAGAGGAUUACAGUGGAGUAUUCCCUACUUCAAUCUUCCAUGGGAAAUGGGCAAUGUUCAGCCAGCCAUGGUCGGCUCAAGUUCCCCUACCAAUCCACAUUCGUAUAGUUCCAAAAUUCACGAUUCAGGAAUUCUUAAGAGUUUGGAUAUGGCUGCCUCGAUAUAUGGGUUGCCACUUACCGCAGUGGAAUAUAGAUCUUUUUUUGAGAGCAGAAAUAUCAUUCCAGAAGCUCAAUAUAUUUUGGAUCCACAUAAUUCAAAUGGGUGGAGGGAUUUUAAUAGAAGCAUGUUUUGGUUAGCAGUAGUUGCUGGCAGCUUAAUACUGUUGCAUGCCUUACUCCUCCUUAUUCUAAAAUUUUUGAAGACAAACUCAGAGAAACAGAGGAUUUAUGGAGCAUUGAUAUUGCCAAGAUUUGAGAUCUUCCUUGUAAUUCUUGCAGUUCCUUGUGUUUGUGCAGCCUCGACAACUCUAAUUAGAGGAGGGACAACUUCAGGUAUUAUAGUAGGCAUUUUGCUAUUUGGUUUGGUGUCUUUUCUACUGCUAGCCUUGUUGUUGUUCCUCUCCAUCGGAAUUACAUUGGGGAAGCUGCUUCAAUAUAAGGAGGUACAUCAUGAGGGCCUGAAAUUCCACUGGUAUCAAGAACUUGUCCGGGUAACUCUGGGUCCUGGUAAAAAAGGCCAGUGGACAUGGAAGAACCUAUCCAACUCUGUUUAUCUUACCAUGCUUGGGCCCUUAUUUGAAGAUCUAAGGGGCCCUCCAAAGUACAUGCUCUUUCAAAUUUCCAGGGGGAAUCUGCAGAGGCGUGGUGAUAAAAUAAUUGACUCGGAUGAUGAAACAGAAGGAGCAGAAGCACCUUUUAACCAAAAGCUGUUUGGAAUUCUCAGAAUAUACUACACUUUGCUUGAUUCUUUGAAACGGGUUUCUCUGGGGAUUGUGGCUGGUGCCUCCUCAGGAAACUGGUCUGGUAAAAGUUCUGCAAUCAUCCUACUGUGCAUGACAUCUUUUCAACUCUUCUUCAUGGUUCUUAAGAAGCCAUUUAUUAAGAAGAAGGUUCAGUUAGUUGAGAUAAUCUCAGUUUGCAGCGAAGUGGGCAUUUUCUCUACUUGUUUGGUUCUCUUAGAGAAGGAAUUUUCAGCCAGGGAGGAGAUGAAAAUUGGGAUCUUUAUGCUUUCAUUAUUCUUUCUGGCUUUUAUGGCCCAAAUGAUCAAUGAGUGGCAUGCUUUGUACAGACAGACAAAACAACUGGACACUGCUGGGGACUCUUUCUUGUUGGGUUUGAAAACAGCUUCAAUUGGACUCCUAUUCUUUAUGCCACAAGGGCUAAUAAAAAACCUGGAUAGCAAAUUUUCCCUGAACAAUCGUGGGGCUGGAAAAACAGGGGAUCCUGCUUCAUUUGAUGAGAGGAAUACGAGCUCUAGCUCUGGUGGUAGAACCUCGGGUGAUAAACCAUGGCUGAGACAACUUAGAGAACUAGCAAAGGCUAGCUUUAGUAAAGAAAGAAGUGGAGAUCCAAAUGUUCCAUCGACUAGUCAUUCCAAAUGGAGCAGCAGGUUCUGGGGUGCUAAGAGAAGUGGGAGCUCAUCUACGAAUUCUUCAUUGGAUUUCAAGUCAAAACCGAGAGGGUUGUACAAAGAUUUGGAAGCCAUUUUUGCAUCUAAGUGACACACAUUAUCCUUGGAACAGUCUUUCCAGUUUAUUAGCCUUUUCCUCUCUGUCAACCUUUCAGCAGCUGCGUUAUAGUAGACUUGAUGACACACAAACUUUUAGUUAUUUUCUGGGCUGGUGGAUUGGUUUAGAGGGUUAAGGUAAAGGGGCUGUAAUUUAUGUUAUGGGAACUAAAUAGUGGGUUAUCAUCAGUAGACAUAUAGGCUAGCCACUUGGAAUUAAGCAGUUGAAGAUAUAAGGUUUAUGUUUCAGAUUAUGUUUGAAGAUUCUACUCACUAGUGGUAAACAACUUUUGUGAAUCACAAGUUUUAUACACAAAAUUUUCCUGUUUUAUUGUAGGUAAUUACUACACAUGAAAGCAGUUC